AUGGGGAAGGACAUUUCUCAUCUCUCCCCGCUCUCCCCUCGUCCCUUCCUCCCCCCGCCCCUCCCCCCCCCCCCUCUCCAUUUCCGCUCCCCCCUCAUCUCUCCGCGCUCCUCCUCAUCUUUCCCCCCUGCUCCCCUCGCCCCCCUUCGCUCUUCCCUCACCGCUCCCCCUCACGCCCCCCGCUCUUCCCUCAUCUUCCCCCGCCUUCCCCUCGUCUCCUUCCCGCUCCCCUCUUCUCGUCUCCCACUCACCCCUCAUCACCUUCUUCUCACCCAUCAUCCUCUUUCCCCCUCCUCCUCACCACUACUACUCUCAUGUCUCCUGCUUUCUUCCGCCCUCCCCUGCUCUCUUCCGCUCUCCCUUCAUUUCUCAUUCCCCCCCUCACUCACCCCUCAUUCCCCCUGGUCACCCCUCAUUUUCCCAUCCCUCUUCCCCCUCCCCUUCCCCUCCCUCCCCCCUCCAGCAGCUUACCUCUCAUCUCCCCCACACCUACCCCUCCACUGCCUUGCAUCUCCCUCUCAGCUUCACAUCCCCAUCCCCCGUCAACUCCAGGCCUGGUCACAACCCUAA